GAGUACUUGUUCAUACUGGAAAAUGGUAUCAUCUCCUUCCCUUAGGUUAUCCAAUCCGAUCAAUUCAAUGAUGAAGUAGCCAUCGAGAAUCAGCAUUUCCAGAAAGUCAUCUGGGCUUGACUCCACAGUCUCUGCAUUUCCUGCGAUCUCAUUGCCGUCACGUACUUAUCCACGCUGGACUCUUAGCAGAAGCUUUAGGUACUUGAAUUUGUGGUGCUCCAUCUUCUGUAGAUGGUGUUUGCCAUGGUGGAGAGGACCAAUUGAGACUAGUUUUGGAUCAUAGAGCUGCUAAUUGAUGCAGCGUAGAUUAUCAUCAACUCUGAAGAUUGUGGGCUUGCAGGGCGAGGUAGGUAAAGCAACAAGCCAAUAUACCAUUUUGCAAACAAAUGGAGUCCUGAUCUAUCAUAUUUCAGAUAUUUUUUCGGAUAUUUCCUAGACAGUACCGGACAAAUUAAUGAUGUUCGAAGACUUUCGGUUCUUGGGCUGGUAAGAUAUUCAUGGAAACUCAUUUCUGGUAAAUUUCUUGGCUGCUUCUUAUUGUGGGGCUUCUGUUCUCGUCUUUGCCAAGACUUUCAUCACUACUGAGUCAAUGAAAUGAAACAGUGGAAGAUAUGCCCAGUAGUUUCCUUUUAUUUUCUUAAAGAACAGAAAAAACAGUCUUUUUAACCUUGGGGUGAACUGCGAUGUUACCAUACAGUUUUGUCAUGCGUUUGAUCGAUGCAACACUGGGAUCCUCAUCAGAAAGUUAGUUGCUUUCUCCCAAAUUUGUCAUAGGAAUGUGAUGAAGCUGCUCGGUUGUUGUCUAGAGACACAAAUCCCUUUACUGGUGUACGAAUUCGUCCCAUAUAAGACCCUUCUGGAUCACAUCAAUGCUGAGUGCCUUGCACGUUCUCUCUCAUGGGAUAUUCGUUGCAGAUACUGCUGGAGCACUCGCCUAUUUGCAUUCCGCUACAACAGGUCCAAUCAUCCAUGGAAGCCUCAACAGUUCCAGCAUAUUGCUGGACCAUGCUUAUACUGUCAAAGUGAAUGUUUUUCUUUAACAUGUUCACAGUGUUUUUGUGUUGGCUUCUCUGGUAAUGUUACGUCCAGCUGUUUGAAUGCCGACUAUGUCUCUUCUGGUGAAUUCAUAGAAAAGAGUGACGUUUGUAGUUAUGGACUUAUUCUAGCAGAACUUUUGACAGGAAAAAGUGUGAUGAGUCCUGAGUGGCUGCAAGGAGAAGAAAACCUUGCCAAAUAUUUUGUCGGGCCGAAUAGAGGAGGUGAGUUGCUUGGGAUUCUUGAUGAUCGUCUUGUGACGGAUGAUGAUAAUCUCUGCCACUUGACACAAGUUGCUGAGAUAGCCAAGAGAUGCCUAUCAAGUUCAUACCAGGAGAGACCAACUAUCAAGGAAGUGUCCAUCGCACUCGAAUGUCUCAUAUUUCGGGAUCAUCGACUAUCACUCAACUAGAGUCAUCAGAGCCACAAGCCUUAUAGCUUAUUGUUAUUCCUCUCCUUUGCAGGGAUGAGAAAGGUGAGUAUGGAAACCCCAACUUCAACUGCCAAUUAAAGUUGAAUUCUUGUUUCACCUUCAACUAGGCUUACUGUUUUGUGAUUCUAACAAUGAAUAAAGAUGUCAGUUGGAAUCUCCUCUUUGCAUUUGUUUCCAUCAUUUGAAGCAUUAGUAGAGAGUAAACAAACAAAAAACAUAAUUGCCACCCUUGUUUUGAUGAUCCACAAACUCACUUUCCAAAGCCAAGAAAAUCAACUGAAUAAGAAAGUUCUGUUUAUUUUUUUCAGAGGAAAAAAAAGAAUUGACACUUACAGAAGUUGUCCCCUAAAAUUCCAAGUUAGAAUCUAAGACUAUCAUAAUACAUUAAUCACACUCUACUUACAAGACUAUCAUUUCCUGUCAGUGAAAUAUCUCUGUCUUCUUCAUAUCCCAAAAAUAGGAUCAAGAAAAAGAAAGCCAAUUUUGCUGACUGCUAUAUGCCUUUAAUCUAUACACUCCCAUCUCCUUUCAUCCCCAUUAGCAACAGCAAACAAAAAUGCCUCAAUCUCCUCAUCUCCUUUCCUCAUUUUAGCACGUCGAGCCCGCCUACAGUUAGACAAGUUAAGCCACCUAGUCCCCCAGCAGCUACACUUUCCCAUCAGAGGAAGGCAGCUUCUGAUCCAUCUCCACAGCUUUAGAAGAUGCAGAUACUGAAUUUGUUCCCUUCGAUGGAGCUGAAGAUGGUGUCGGGAGCUUCUUAGGCAGCAUCUGCUCCCAGUUGUAUGCCUUAGGCGAUCUUGAUGCUUCAGACAUGAAAACAAGAGCAAGCAAGCUCAGAACCAAGCACUUGUGCCUCCAAGAAACUGACAUGAUGAGAGAGCGAAUGCAGUAGAAGAAUUUGUGAUGAAUCAGCCCUUUUUAAUGAGAGAAAGCUGCUUUUGAGGCAGGCUGUGGGAAGCAGACAUGUUGAGCAAUCUAAGAAGUGAUGCCAACUUGUUUGUUUGAGGAAAGAAGAAACAAUUGGGAGACAGUGGUGUAAUAGAAUAAUACCUUAGUUUGUU